AAGAGGAUGGAGAGAUGGAGGCAACACAAGAGCCGUAGUGUUCGCUGAUCACACCAGCUUUUCCUUUCGUUUUCCAGCCACAAUCACAGCGAUGGAGGGGAAAGACGAGUUUCUGUGUGGGGUUGUUGAAGGUUUCUAUGGGCGGCCCUGGUCCAUGGAGCAGAGAAAAGUGUUGUUUCAGUGGAUGCAAAGAUGGGGUUUGAACACCUAUUUGUACGGUCCUAAAGAUGACCUGAAACAUCGGUUGCUGUGGAGAGAGGUGUACUCCACAGAGGAGGAAGCCCAGCUGAAAGCACUGGUGCAUGAAGCUGAGUCGAGUGGGUUGAAGUUUGUGUACGCGUUGUCUCCUGGUCAGGACAUCGUCUUCUCUAGCUCCUCUGACCUCACACUGCUCAAGCGUAAACUUCGACAGGUGGCAGAUCUGGGCUGCCAGGCGUUUGCUAUUCUGUUUGAUGACAUCGACCACUCUAUGUGUCAAGCUGAUACUGAGGCUUUCUCCUCAUUCGCUCAUGCUCAGGUUUCUGUGACCAAUGAGAUCUUCCGUUUCCUGGGAAAGCCACCUGUCUUCCUGUUCUGCCCCACUGAGUACUGCAGCUCGCUCUGCUCUCCCACCGUUUCCAAGUCUCCAUAUCUGCUGACAGUGGGAGAAGAUCUGUUGCCUGGCAUCUCAGUCAUUUGGACUGGAAGCAAGGUGAUCUCUCGAGAGCUAAGUAUUGAUUCGCUGAAGGAGGUGCAGUCAGUGUUACAGCGCCCUCCCUUGGUGUGGGACAAUCUGCACGCUAAUGAUUACGAUUCACGUCGUGUCUUCCUGGGGCCUUUCAAGGGUCGUCCACCUGGCCUUCAAGCUCAUCUCAGGGGUCUGCUGCUAAACCCUAACUGUGAAUUUGAAGCAAACUAUAUCCCUCUACACACACUUGGGACAUGGCACAAAGCAGGGAAGGAGAAGAGAGAAGGUAAAGAGUAUCAGUACUGUCCGGAGCGAGCUCUUUCUGCUGCGCUGAAAGACUGGAUGAGUGAACUGAACCAACCACUACAGCCUGGACGGCAGAACAGGCCUACAGAGCACAAACCAUCUUCUCUCUCCUCCAAACCUAAACCUCCUGAAAGCUUAGACAAUCUGCAUGGAGCCAAGUCUAAAUCUCCAUCUUCUGCUAGGGCUCAGGUUUCUUUUUCCACCUCUGUGCUGAAGGUCUCAGCUGAGAGUGAGAGUGAGGAGCGGGUCCCUGGAGGCCAAGGAUGGGAAAAGGCAUCAGGAAAAGGCCUGUGUGCUGGGAAGUCUCCACUUAGUGAGGCUCAAGUGCGACUGCUGGUGGGAUUAUACUACCUGCCACAUGAGCAUGGACCGCCUGCCCAGAGCCUGCUGCAGGCACUCACCUGGCUCAAAAACCACUGCCAUUAUGUCAGUGUCAACGGCAGCAGCAAGAAGAUGCAACCACAGAAGAUGGAGGAGUGGCGAGUGCGAGCUGGGCAGUUUCAGGUUGCAUGUGAUGAGAUUGCGGUUCUGCAUGGCAGCGUGGUGAACAGCGUCAACAGAGCUGUGCUCUAUGACCUUUAUCCCUAUGUCUGGGACCUGAGAAACACAUUGCUUGUAGCCAAGGCCUUCAUCAGCUGGCUGGAGGGUCGGGUAAUAAGUGAAAGUUCUCCACUGGGUUCCUGGAAGAACUGUUUUCAUUGGUGUGGAGCCUCAUCAGGGGCAGAGCUUCUCGGUAUGGAGGCGGAGCCCUGGGUUAUUAAAGGUGGGCUGUCAGGGGAAGUGCAGAUGCUUCUUCCUGUAGGCACCAGCAGUGAGUUGUUCAGUCACCCCCCUCCUCUCUUCCCCACCUCUCGUCUCUAUAACAUACGGCCCUUCCAGCACAAAGACAAGGUGGAGCUGUACCAUAUGGUGUGUCAGCUUUAUCAGAAAACCAGAGGUACUCAGGAUGUGACUGUGCUUCAUCCAGACUUCAUCGGUGACAGGUUACAUUUGUGUUUGGGUGCAUCUCUGGCCCUGUGUCCAGAGUACGGCUUUGUUCUGGAGGACGAACUUGGUGUGUGUGGGUGUGUUGCUGGCAUUCUGGAUGUACGCUCAUUUGUCAAGAGGUGCCAGGCCACCUGGCUGCCUGCUAUGAGAGACAAAUACCCCACACGUACAUAUCUCGCAAAUGGACACGCUGCUCAAAAGGAGGCGCUGUUGAGCAUGCAUGAGGAGCAGGAUUACCCAGACUCCCUGCUUUACCACUUCCCAUCUCAGGUCCGGCUUGAUGCUCUGCCUGAACUGGUGGACUGCAGUGUCAGCAGAAGCCUUCUCACGGCCCUGCUCACAGCACUCAAAGCUAACGGUUCCCAGGGUGUGUUUUGUGAAGUGCAGCCCACAGACCGGCUAAGGCAGGAGUUCCUCACUAAGCUAGGUUUUCUGGAGAUUGUGAGGGGAGAGGCUUGCUCCACAGAAGGACUAACCCUAGGCAGGCUGCUCUAAAGCCUUAACUAUCUUACAAACAAUAACGAUAAUGAUUAUAUUAUUGAUGGAUUUUUUUUUUGGGCACAGAUACACGUUAAACAGCCCUUCGGUUUAAGUAAAGGCGUCAAGUUCAAGGAUUGUAAUACAUCUUUCAACACGUCCUCAUCCACUUUCCCUUUGAAGUUUCAUAUACUGUAGAUAUAACACAUCACAUACACAUCAAGGGCCAUUAUAAUACUUUGUUAUCUCAAGAGCUGUUAGUAAAAUCACCCUUUGUGGAGAGCUAGAUAUUACCCAGAAUAUCUAACAUCAGAACAUAAAGCAAUAAAAUUAUAUUUCCCAAAUGUAAAAUUUACUAAAUUGAAAUUGAAAUACUUCAUCUAGAGUUGACAGCUGAUUGAACUGUAUUACUGCUCUCGGCUGGCUGUCUAGUAAAUCUGUUCUCCACUAUGCCCUCAUUCCCUCCUUCUGCAAGUGGCCACUUGUGUCAUGUAGAUGAUACACACUUCCCUGUAAUGGAGGAAAGUCGAUGAGGGCCUGUUGAAAGUACCAUUUGAAUACAGGGCUAUUUUGGGGCUGAUGAAGCACGUUGCCCAAAAACAUGCUAUUGACAGUCAACUGGCCACUGUGGCCUGGUUAGCAUGAUGCUAACUGCUCUAUAAUAGCCUUUAAAUGAUUAGCACUAUUAGUGUUAUGACUGGUGCAUUCCUUAAAAGCGAUGAAUAAAACUUAUUCGCAAAUGAUUAGUACCAUUUAACAUCUUUACAAGAGCUUUUUGUUUAAAACCUCACCAUAGCGCUUAGAAGAAGAGUUCAUUCAAAGAGGGUCUAAAUCUAAGAUAUUUGUGUCAAGUAUGAGGUCCAUCAUUGGCCUUUUGUUUUAGAUCCAUGUUCGUAAAGACCCUAUUGGAAGUCAGGUGUGCAGUGGUCUGUACUUUUUUUUUUCUCAUCUGGCCUGAUGUCCAUGUUUCGGUUUCUGUUAAUGAGUAAUGCUGACAAUGACCCGUGUCUUGUGGUGUAGUCCAGUCUAAAGUAUUUUUUUAUCAUGACUAAUCUCAAUAAUACAUAUGUUAGUAGCAUUCCAACAUUCCUUACCUGUAACUGUAGAAAAUGAAGAAUUCACUAAGCAAAAUUCUUCAAAAUGAACCAAACUGAUUGUGGACAUACGGAAGACAAUCUGACAACAGGUUUUGUCUGCCUCUGUCCUGCCAGUGAAGUCCACUCCAUGUGAAGAUAAUCAUUCAUGGUGAUUUUUUCCUGUAAUACUGCAAAAUAUAUUUAGGUCUACUAUCAUUAGCUGUAUACACACAGGAACAGACCAAGAAAAAUGCUCAUGUAUACACUGACUAUAUUCUUGACUACACCACAGACUGGGUAUGGGUUUAUUCCCUCCUUCCCUGAUGGGAGGACUGAUUCUAUUUCUGUGCCUCUUCUUGUUCAGCAAACAUGACCUGGAAACUCAGGCUACAUUUUUUUUAUUUCUGUAUUUUUUAAUAUAUGAUAGUUUUUUGAUCCGCUGUGUAACUUGGUCUGCACACCUGCAUAAAGAUUGUUCAUGAAUACUGCCAUAUAACUGCCAUUGCCAACGCUAUAUCACACCUGAUCAGCUUGAUUCAAUACAGCACAUACUGUAUCUUUCUGUUGUUUUAUUCACUAAACCUGCACUCUACAUGUCUUAUAGCUUUAGUAUUAAUGCUCUGUAACUUGUUAUGAGUGAUAAGCUUCUGUAAUUGCGUUUAGGAGCAUAACGCACAGUGACUAGGCUACUGUAGAUGGCGUUUGAAGGAUAGCACUAUUCUCACUAUCAUUCACUGUACUGUAUACGCACACAAUACACACAAACAUGUUUGCUUAGCACUUAAUUCUUAUUCUGGAAACAGGUAGAUGCUCAACUUAUUUCAGACACACAAGUACAAAAAUACACACACACACACACACGCACGCACACACACACACACACACACACACACCGCUUGCACAAUAAGAAUAGUCUCGGCUUACUUUCCUACAGGAAUUAGCAUGAAAAAUUACUGAAUGACAUUGUAGGCUUUUUUAAUACAGUACCUCCCCUUUUCUGUGCAGUAUUCAUCACUACACACACAGACACACACACACACACACACACACACACACACACACACACACACACACACACACACACACACACACACA